GCAGCCAUAGAGACAACGUACUCUUACGUAAUACGUCAUCACAGCGUGCUCUGUUGCUGAGCAACCGGAGACGCUUGGGGCAGCGGUCGCACAGAACAAGAAUUACUCAGAAAAAAGGACAUCAGGCCAUUUGGACCUAAUUGUUGAGCCCAGGGGAUGCUGAUGAUGCAGUAUGGGAGAUUAUGGAUGAACUACAUUUAUCUUAUUCUGGAUUAUGGGCCAAAAAAUACCUCACAGACACUUUGAAGUGCCAGAUUAUGUGCUUAGACAAAGGAGACGGUGCAGGGGAAACAUCUAGAACAGAGGACUAUGAGCCUUUGCCAGCAACUUUAGAUCCCUGGGCUCAAGGAUGCUUGCCAGUCGUGAAUUUUACACACGAAUUUCCCUGCAUGUCACCACAGGAGGAUGAUUCUGACUCUCAUCAAGUCCAAGUCAGGUCAAGAUGGCCAGUCAGUGAAAGGCUGACGAGCAGCCUUUUGUUGACCAAUGAAAAAGGCAUUAUCUCCUUAGGAGACCCCAGUGGGAGAACAUCUCCCACUGGUUGCACCCAACCACAGGGUGUUCAGAUGGAUCAGAUCCAAGUUCAGACAGAUCCAAGUGAGAAAAAGCUUUCUAAUGCUGGUUUGUUGUGUUUAACCAAUAGUCCACUUUCCAUUGAAAAACUAAAAAACACCAUGAAGCAUAUCAGUGACACACAACAUCAUAAGAAUAGUCAGAGUCCCCCACAAAAACGGAAUCAAAAGAAAAAGCAGGGCACAAAUCUGUCUCCUCAGGCUGAUGCAAGCAGAUUAUUACCACUAAUUUCCCACCCAAGUCAAAGAAAAGAUGUGGAGGUGAAGAGAAAGAGUACAGGGCAAACUUUUCUGAAACAUAAAAAUGUGUCAGGAAAUUUCCUCAAGGAGAGCAAAACGCCUUCAAGGUUGGAUCCUUCAUGUUUGCCUCAAAAAUGGAUUUGCCCACAGUAUGAGAUUGUUGAUUAUGUCCACACAAAGCAGAAAUCAACCAGAGAAACCAGACAGGAAUCAACAUUAAGCAAGCAGACAGACUGGAUUGAAGCACCACUAAAGCCUUUAACCAGCUCCAAGAAUCCGCUAAAAACGACGAACAAGAAUACUUUGGAUUUUCCCCAUUUGUCUAAAAUUGAAAGGGAGCCAAACCAGACGAGCAAUGUUGGGAGGUUUAACAAAGGUGUUUCUUUCAUUGAUUCUCAGGGUGUUGAAAUCAACCCUCAAGCAUGUAAGAGUCCAACAGAACCUACCAAGUUAAAGCCGAUCCAAAACCAUCCAUAUGUGCCUUUGUGUUCAGUUGACCAGGUUGCUAUAGGUUCACCUCAGGUCUCUUCAUCAUUUCAGUCUUUGAAUGUGACAUCUGCCAAUAAUUAGUGAUGAAAUGUUAUAUUUGGCGAUGAAGAAGCUAUCCGCAUACUGUAUGAAAUAAAAAAUAUUAAUGAUUACAA